UUCAUUGACGCACACAUCGUGCACGCACGCACGCAUCGCUGUAAUAAGACACGGGUGUCAUUCAAACAAAGGCGCGAAAACAAACAAAGGGGACUCUGCCAUUUGAAACUGUUUCCCUAUAAGUAGUAGUGAGGUCCUUUUCUCUCGAAAAACAAUUCCUGAAAGUACCGAAUAACGGUUCAUGAUUGGUCGAUAAGUUGUUUCCGUCCAAUAGUAUUGUGGAAAUCGAUUCUAUUAGUAACCCAACGGGGAAGGACCUGUUGCUGGUACCAUAAUAAUCAUGGUAUAAUCUUAAAUGCAAAGUAACAGUCAAAUCGGAUUAUAUCUUACAAGUUUUGUGCCAAUUGUCACCUGUUGAUCGAACAAAUAUUUCGUAUGUGUCCAAAAACAGUUAUAAAAAAUGGAAAUAUCACCUAGAAAACCAUCUAAACGAUCACAAGAACCUGUGGAUGAAUGGCUACAAACUGAAGGAUAUUUCAGAAAACAUGCUCCCAAAGAUCCAACUUGUCUGUUUAGAGCAGUUAGUGAACAAGUUUAUACGACGCAACAUUAUCACAUAAGAGUCAGGAAAGAAUGUGUAGAAUUUAUGAGGAAAACGAAACACUUAUUUAUAGAGAACAUAACGAUUCCAUUUGACAAUUAUAUCGAGCAAAUGGCUUGUUUCACCGAAUGGGGUGGUGUUAAUGAAAUUCAAGCCAUGUCAUUGCUUUACGAAAGAGAAUUUAUUAUAUUUAAUGGUCAAAAGCAAAUCAGUCACAAUGUUACUAACAAUGGUUUCAAAGAUACAAUAUACCUGUGUCACACCCCACCAAAACAAUAUGAAAGUAUAUAUUCCAGAGAUUUUGUUGCGACUGCUGCUUAUUGCCAAUCUAUUGUUUAUCAAGUACUAUAUAAAAAUGUCUUUGGAAUGACUGAUAUAGAAGAUACUGUUCAUAAAAUGUUACAUGAUCGAAGUGGUACAUUUAGGCACGAUAAGUUUUUCCUUAAAGGCAAUUUAGAGAUGAGGGAUCAGCUGGCUACAGAAAUAUAUACAAAACUUGAAAAUGGAACUGAUGAGGUUGAUGAUACACAAGUUGUAUCAAAAAAUGUACCACCUUUUCCAUAUAGAAUCGCUAAAGCUCUUGAUCCCAAUAUCUAUCGCAAUACUGAUUUUGAUAUUUGGCAUGAAAUCAGAAGAGAAGUUAAAAAUGCAGGAUGGAUCAGACACAAUAGCCAUGAACUUCAAGUUGGAGGCAAAUGUUUAGUACAAAUGGACUUUAAUGAGGAGAAUGUUGACGAAGCUAAUAAUAAUAAUGUUUAUGUAUCUUCUCUUGAAAAGGAAUCUGAUAAUGAUAUAAAAACAAUACAGACAAAGGGUAAACAAGAUCCUAUCUUUUUUUAUGGACAUAUACAAGAAAUGAGUAAAAAUCAGGGACCAGUACUAGUUUUUAUUGAAGAAUUAGGAGAGAAAAAAGUUGUACCCUAUUCUGCUCUUAAGCCAUUGCCUUUAAAAAAGAAUAAACAGAACAAUUGGCUAUCAACGUGUAAGAGGAACGUGCUCUUAGAUUCGAAUCAGAAAUGGAAAAAAACAUGUGGCACAACUCCGCGAAAAAUCAAAGAAUCUACUAAUAUGAACAUUCUAUCAAACAAUGUUGAUAAAAUUGGGAAUAAUGAUAACGAUAUUAACAAAAAUAAUUUUCAGUGGAAAGAAGGAAAUUUAAAGGUAGAUCAACGUGGAUAUGAAAAUUAUACGAUGGAAAAGUGUUCCAAUUACUCAGUUAAUAAUUCAAUACCUGCAAGAAACAUUCUUGAUAAUACUCAAUCUGCAGUGGAUUCUGUUAAGCAAGAAAAUAAUAAAGAACGCAAAGAGAAGAUCUCGUUUACAAAUAAAAAUUCUGAGAAUAAUAUGAUAAAGAAUUUAAAAUCUGAUGGUACAAAUAAUAAUAAUAAUACAGGUUUCAAUUCAUACUCUAAACAAAGAGUGCAAAAGGAAGCUUAUUAUUCGACAUAUCCCGCAGGAGAUUCUGCGACUCAAAUGGACAAUAUGCUACGUUCUAUUAAUUGUUCUGUUCAGAAAAGCGUUGAUAUAAAUGGUAGUGAUUUACCAUUAUCAGAUCCAUUCACUUUAAGAUUUUUUUAUAAUUUAGGAUUAGAGUAUUUUCGUGGAAACACUAACUGGAGCUAUUUAACAAAUGGACAAUCGCCUGACUUUGGACAAUGGUAUCAAGGAGUACCUCAAAAUGAUGUGGAAGUUGUGAAUAUUACAAAUAACGCGAUGAAGAACUGUACAUUGACUCAAAGAAAAGAAAAUAAUGAUCAAAAAGAAACGGGCACACCCCAAUUGGCGUGUAACGGAAAUGAAAAUAAAAAUGAUACUAGCGAAACACAAACUGUAAAGACUGAAGAUUUAAAAGGUGACCAUGGGAAUGACUUGUAUUCGACUCGUGAUAAGGACCAGGAGCCUAUUAAUAGAGAAGCGCCUCGUAUGAGUAGAAGCAGUGUGGGCCCAAGAUUUAAAAAAGAUACUCGACAUCGUUCUACUCAACAUUUUACAUCAUCAAACAAUCAAUAUUCAUCCAAUGAAACAUCUAAUUCUAAAUCUCCAAAGUUAGAGAAGGAAAUGAAAGAUGAUACAAAUAUACAACAUUCUCAUUUAAUGCCUCAACAGAUGCAUACACCUACAAAUGCGAUAAACUCUUAUCAAGUACCCUAUAUGCAGCAUGGCAUAUAUACUGGGUUACCAUACUAUGGUAACGAGGCAGAGGGAUUCGUGAAUUCUUAUUACCCUCCGAAUACAGGAUUUUUUCCAAUCCCUUGCUUACCACAUUCUGAAAUACCGGAUAGCAAUGGCAUACAACCAUAUUCACCGCAUAUGUGCCCUGGUAUGGAUUAUGCGCAAGCCUAUUCUGGGUUGUGUCCGUCGUACGUGUGUCCUCAACCGGCUCCAUACACUAUGCCGCCGCAAAAUGUGCAAGAACAUUGGUAUGCAGUUGCUGGACAACCGCAUUACAUGCAGUAUGCACCUGUAAUGCCUGUAACCGCAGAAACAACUUGCAAUGGAAUAGCACAAAGUGCAAGUCCGAACGUUUCACCUUAAAACUUACAGAAUCUAUGUCUUUAUACCACUGAUAGUGUUGAAGACGAUUCAUGAUAUAUAUAAAUAUCAUAUAACUUCAGAAUUUUUGAAAUCCUAUGUUUUGAAAUAAAUGUUAAAAAUAUAUUACAUAUAUUACAAACUAGAAAUUCAAAUUUAAAAUUGAACGUAAGUUUUCUAAUUUCGUAUAAUGUUAAGUGAUCAUAGUACAAACUGCUGUGCCUAAGUAUUAGUAGAAAUGCCUGUAUAAAUUAAUUAGUUCCUCCAGUACAGUUUCUUCACUGUACAUUGCUCAAAACAAAACAGAUACCUCAUAACAUUUUAUACAGGUGACUUAGUUUAUUAACAAUUACGGUCAUUUAUACUUCUACAUGUACUUUGUUAAAAGAUAUUUUGAAAUAAAGAACGAACAUGAGUAUUUAUCUAGUUUUAUUUA